AUGUUUACCCUCCACCGCUUUGUACUCUCUGUACUACUGAUUCUCACCGUCACCUUCGUCUUCUUCGUCCAGACAGCCGAAGCCGUGAAGGGCCCCAAGAUUACCCAUAAGGUCUACUUCGAUAUCAGCCAUGGAGAUGAACCAUUGGGACGCAUUGUGAUGGGUCUCUACGGCAAGACUGUUCCGAAGACCGCUGAGAACUUCCGAGCCUUAGCGACCGGCGAGAAGGGAUUUGGAUAUGAGGGGUCCGUCUUCCACCGUGUUAUUCCCAACUUCAUGAUCCAGGGUGGAGACUUUACUCAGGGCAACGGCAGGGGCGGAAAGUCAAUCUACGGCGACAAGUUCCCUGAUGAGAACUUCAAGCUGAAGCACUCUAAGAAAGGUCAGCUGAGCAUGGCCAACGCUGGAAAAGAUACAAACGGUUCCCAAUUUUUCAUUACCACAUCCACCCCAGGAUACCUGGACGGAAAGCACGUUGUUUUCGGCGAGGUCCUCGAGGGCUAUGAGAUCGCCGAGAAGAUGGAGAGCGUCCCAAGAGACUCUGGAGACAAGCCCAACAAGGCAUUGAAAAUCACCAAGAGCGGGGAACUUGAAGUACCAGAAGAAGAUGAGUACGGUCGCGCCGAAUUCCAACCCGGCAAGGGGGAGGUUAGUGAAAAGCCAUUGAAAUCAUCCCCUACUGGGCCUGCUACCAUAUCACCUACGCCGGUCGUCAAUGCACCCAUUACUGAUGACGCGUCUGCUCAGGGCUUCAGCAUUUUACAAAAGGGUUUAUUCUUGGCGGUCAUCUUGGGUUGCGUUGCGGGAUACUUGCGCAUGGGCAACAAAAAGAAGAGCCGAUACAGUGAAAAAAGCAUGGCCUGA